AUGACAGCCACCCAGCACGCCCUCCUUCUUCCUGAAAUUCGCUGUUCUAUCAUCGCGUGGGUAUGGGAAGGGCUAGACGACCUCGGCAACAUCAGCGACGAGAAGCGGGAGAGAGAGAUACAUACAAGACAAUAUACCCUUCUGUGCUGUGGUCUAGUCAACAGAACCUGGUAUCACGACGCGAUGCCCUUGCUCUGGAAAGACCUCCAUCCGUCCUUCUACUGGCAUAAUCUCCCAAAACAUUUCCGGUCCAUUACACCGGAUCGUCGCCAGUUUUACGCCAACUUCGUAGAAAAGGCACUGCUUGAUGCUGUCAAGGAUGAAAAUGACGAGAAUGAUGAAAUCUUACAAGGGCUGGCGUUUCCUAAACUACGAUCGCUCCAUCUAUUCGUGGACUACCACGACGGAUACAUUCCCCGGAUUCAAGCUCAUCGUAUCGAAGAGCUUGACGUGGUUCCCCGACAUCAUGCAUACCCAAUAAGGAUGGUGGACGCAGAAGUCAUGAGUGCGAUAUUGGAGCAAAUCCCGGUAAGUUUCAGGACCCCCGCUAGGCUGCCUCGCAUUCACCAGCUCAUUGAAGACAAGGUUGUAUUCCCCGAUGUCAGGAACUUGGUAUUCGUGGACUGUGCACCGGUUUACAGAGGAGCUCCGCAGCGGUUGGCUGCUCGGCUUCCACGACUCGAGAAAUAUGAUCAUCGUUACUUAGGGGAGGUGAGGGAGCGAUGA